GGCGGCGGCGGCGCGGCGGCACGGGCACACCGGUGUCUCUCGCUGGAGAUUUCUUUCUGCUUUCCUCACCGACUGACUGACCCACCCCCUCCCUGAUUAAUAUUGUUUUUUGGAGGAAGGGUGAUCUCUUCUCUGGGACUGGAAAACAUUUUUUGUGAGGAAGGGUGUGUGUGUGAGGGGGGGCGGGUGGCAGCGGCAGGGUUUGCUUCUUUUCUUCUUUCUUCUCUCCUCCCCCCAGACCGAAAAGCAAACCCCACACUGCUCCAGCAUCCUCCUUCCUCCUCUUCCUGAGCCUCCCUUCCCCUCCUACCGCUUCGCAGUUUCACCGUCUCCUCUGCUAAUGAUUGCAUUAUUAUUAUUAUGCUUCCUUCCCAGGGAGGGGGUCUCACCCCUCUGCGUUCGGUCCCCAACCUUGGUCUCCCCUGGAUGCAAUUCCUUAAAAAUUUUGCAGCCUGGGAGUGAGUUUUCUCCGAGGCGUGUGUGAGAGGUGGCCCGGGGGGUAGUGUUGUUUUCAAGUUCAUUGCCCCCACUUUUACCGCGACCUUUUCGGACCUGAUUUUGGAUCCCGGGGGUGGGGAGGGGGGAGAAGGGUGUGCAGGCGUUUUGGGGGGGGCGCGGCAGAGAAUGGCCGCGGGGAGGGCUCCCCGGAGCCUCCCAGUCUCUUGAUCAAAGCAUUCCGCUAUUCUGAUUUAUUGCCUGCUUGGUGAGUUAUUUUUUUUCCUCUCUAAAGGAGACCUGUGUGUUCAGCCAUUACUUUGCUCGGCGCUGCUCCCAGGCAUCUCCGACCCUCAGUGCGGCGGGGAGCCCCACACUUGGGCUCUGCGCCCCCGUCCCUCCUCCCCUCUCUCCGCCCCUUCCCCCUUUUCUUUCUCCUCUCUUUCUUCCCCUCUCUCCCUUCUUUCGGCCGCCGUCUCCCCCGCGCCCUCCUCGAGGCGGAGGGAAGCCGUGAUCGGGAGAGGGAGGGCUCGGUGUCAUUUUUUUUUUUUUUUUUGGUGAGCGUGUGUGUGAGUGUGUGUGGCCGCGGCCGGAGCCUGUGGCGGGCGGCAGGCGAACAGGGGGACCCCGGCGCGGCACAGCCAUGGAUGGCCCGACGCGGGGCCAUGGACUCCGCAAAAAGCGGCGGUCGCGGUCGCAGCGAGAUCGGGAGAGGCGCUCCCGGGGCGGGCUGGGGGCCGGCGGCGGAGGGGCCGGCCGGACCCGGGCGCCCUCGCUCGCCUCGUCGUCUGGCUCCGACAAGGAAGACAAUGGGAAGCCCCCGUCCUCCGCCCCGUCCCGGCCCAGACCCCCGCGGAGGAAGCGGAGAGAGUCCACCUCGGCCGAAGAGGACAUCAUUGAUGGAUUUGCCAUGACCAGCUUUGUCACUUUUGAAGCGCUGGAGAAAGAUGUAGCACUUAAGCCUCAGGAACGUGUGGAGAAAGGCCAGACUCCCCUGAGUAAGAAGAAACGAGAAGCACUUACCAAUGGCUUGUCUUUUCAUUCAAAGAAGAGUAGGCUCAGCCAUCCACAUCACUACAGUUCAGAUCGAGAAAAUGACCGCAAUCUCUGCCAGCAUCUUGGGAAGAGAAAGAAAAUGACAAAGGGACUCAGACAGCUCAAGCCAGGGCAGAACAGCUGCAGGGACAGUGACAGCGAAAGCGCCAGUGCAGAAUCCAAAGGUUUCCAUCGGAGCAGCUCUCGUGAAAGGCUCAGCGAUAGUUCAGCUCCUUCCAGCUUGGGAACAGGCUACUUCGUAGUACAUGAUGACUACGUUCAUUAG